AUGCCGCAUCUAAACACCGUCAUAGAAAAAAUCUGGGAAGCGGUAACUUUAAUGGAAGACAUACCAGAGCCGCCAAAUAUGGGAAAUGAACCACCACCAGGGAGGAGAAGUAGAGAAUUCUGUGCUUAUCAUCGUUUCCACGGUCACACCACUAGCGACUGCAGAAAUAUAAAGAAAAUUAUACUCAGAAUGAUUGAUCAGGGGAAACUAAACCACUUUCUAGUGCAACCGCAACAUAAUCUACCACCACCACUAGAAGGGCAUGCACCAGGUAUGGAGACAGGAAAGAAUACGUAUAUGAUGGAAGUAGGAGCGAAGGCGAAGAAUUUAUAUUGCAAUUCGAUAAUACAUUCUUUCAGAAGCAUAGAAGAUUUCCACGAUAAUGUCCUAAGAAGAGUUUAUGCAAGAUAUAGUGAUGGAAGAGAGAUAAUCAACCUGGCAAAGGUAUCACCACUGAAAGAUUGGAAAAAACAACCUAUUUCUUUUACCGCAGAAGAAGUACCAGGAGGUGGAGAACCGCACGAGAGCCCAUUAGUGGUCAAGUUGGAAAUCAACCCAAAAGCAAAAGCCGAUGAAGAUGUAGAGGAUGAUGCAAACACAUGGGCUAUAAAUAGAAUACUGAUAGAUCCUGGUAGUUCAGUCGAUAUACUUAUACCAUCAACUUACAAAAUUUAUGGUUUCAAAGGAAGACCAUGGUUACACAACAUUCAGGAUGUGGCUUCAACCUUCCAUCAAUGCAUCAAGUUUCCUUUGCCUCAAGGUGUAGGAGUAAUAAGAGGGGAUCUGAUCGAGGAAAAGAGUUGCCAUGAGAUUGAUGUCGAUAAAAGUGAAGAGCGUGCAAACAAGUGA